UAUCUGUGCUGGACAGUAUCCAGGCCCACAGCCUCGUUGCCCUGCCCUCAGGCCUCUGCAGCUUCGUGGAUCUCCGUGCAGAGGAACGCCUCUUCGGUGGUUGUGACAGGGGGGGAAUUAGGCAGGAGAUGCGGGUUCACUUGCCCUGCGUAGGGGCUUAUCUUGGGCUAAGCUGAAGGGACUAAUAGCAAAGCCAGCCUCCGCUCCAGCCGGUCUGAGGGCACAGGGAACCAUCUGUCCAGUCUGUGGAUAACUGACAACAAAGGGGGCAAACAUUCAUCACGGACUAUGAACUGAUAGACUGUUCAUUUCAAAAGAUACCAGAAAAAAAGAAGAGGAGCCAGUAUUUUAUAAAUAAGGUGUGGAAUGGCGUGGAGCUCGUUAUUUACUGGAUUGUAGUUUUACUUUGAAGCUCAGUAAGCAGAGAGAAUGUCUGACAAGGAAGAAAUGGCCUCAGAUGGGAGUCUGAAUGUGACGCUAACGCUGAGGCUGCUGAUGCAUGGAAAGGAAGUCGGCAGCAUAAUUGGGAAGAAAGGGGAAACUGUAAAGAAAAUGAGAGAAGAGAGCGGCGCUCGCAUCAACAUCUCAGAAGGAUCGUCUCCUGAGAGGAUAGUGACCAUCACAGGCCCCACAGAGGGCAUCUUCAGAGCCUUCUCCAUGAUCGCACACAAGUUUGAGGAGGAUAUUACCGCCGCUAUGACAAACAGCAACGUGACGAGUAAGCCACCUGUGACACUUCGCCUGGUUUUCCCAGGAAGCCAAUGUGGUUCACUGAUUGGAAAAGGAGGAUCCAAAAUCAAGGAGAUCAGAGAGACCACAGGCGCCCAGGUUCAGGUGGCAGGAGACAUGCUGCCGGACUCGACAGAGAGGGCUGUCACAAUCUCCGGCACUCCACAGGCCAUCACUCAGUGUGUGAGACACAUCUGCUCUGUCAUGCUGGAGUCUCCGCCAAAAGGAGCGACUAUUCCCUACCGUCCCAAAGCCAUACCUGCUGGAGCCCAUGCAGUAUUAGCACAACAGCACUCUGCACAAGCCUUUGCGAUUCCAGGGCAGUAUGCUUUUGCACAUCAAGAUUUGACCAAGCUUCACCAGUUGGCUAUGCAGCAUAUCCCCCUCCCUUCCCUUGGGCAGAGCAACCCUACCUUCCCUGGAUUGGAUGCAUCUGCCCCCACAAGUUCACAAGAACUGGCAAUACCUAAUGAUUUUAUUGGCUGCAUAAUUGGAAGACAAGGCAGCAAGAUCAAUGAGAUUCGCCAGGUCUCCGGAGCUCACAUCAAAAUUGCCAGUGCCACUGAUGGUUCAGCCAUGCGCCAAGUCACGAUCACGGGCUCGCCAGCCAGUAUCAGCGUGGCCCAGUACCUCAUCAAUGCCAGCUUAGAGAUGGCUAAAUACACCAUGCAGGCCGCUUCCUCUGCGACCCCCGUUGAUCUCAACAUGAGCUUCUCUCAGUCUGCCCCCACCGCCUCCACCGCUGCUACCUCUAUGGCCGUCCUGGCGGCCACCUCCCCAGCCCCCACCACCAUUAACGUCCACUCUCCCUCCACCUUACCAACCAUCCAAAACCCACACUACGCUGUCCCCGUUUCCAGCCUGCUUGGCAUGAAAACCCUCCCCGUCCUGGCUGUCCACCCUGCAGCCGCUUCCAGCCUAACACAGGGUUUAUCCCCUUACACCGCAAAAAUGCCAACCUCCGGCGUCAAAAAGUCUGAGCGGCAGAAGUUUGCUCCUUAUUGAUGUCUGCUUUCCAAAUCUAGUCGGUGCAUCUGACUGGAUGAGGCAUUAAUAAGCGAGGAUCAUUUCAUUUUGGACGUACCUUAGGCCUAAUUGGGGGGGUUUAUUUUGUCAGCACUUGUUUUUCCAUGAAUCAGGAGAAUAUUAGAAGCUAUCUGUGCGAAUGGAAGUUAUCAAAACAUGUCUUCACUAAUUAAAAGCGGCUGCUGAGGUGCAUA